UCCCAGCUGCCCCGGGUGUUGGACAACCACACGGACGGACCAGACCUACGCUACUGGGGACGCGUUCUAACCGCUGUAUCAGAGAAGGUCCAAGUGCUCUUUGAGAGAAACAGCACCAAGGACCUUCUGAAGAUAGUCUAUCCAUUGUUCCGGGCUGGUGGUCCCAGCUCCUUUAGCCAGCUGAUGAGCAUUGUGUCUGCCCUGUUCUGUGGGUACCCAGACGGAGAGGGAUCCAGGGUCCUCUCCUUCAACUGGUACGAAGACAACAACUACAAGGUGUUCCUGGGGGUGAAUGGAUCCAAGAACCACGACUAUGUCUAUGACAUGACAACCACUCCGUUCUGUAACGACCUGAUGCAGACUCUGGAGUCUAACCCGGUCACUAAGAUCGUCUGGAGUUCAGUCAAGCCUCUCUUCAUGGGGAAGAUCCUCUAUGCUCCAGACUCCCCAGCCAUCAGACUGAUACUAAAGAGUGCCAACACUACGUUUGAGGAGCUGGAGCGCCUGAUGACCAUGGGAAAGGCCUGGGAGGAGGUGGGACCUCAAAUCUGGAGGUUCUUCAACGCUGGCAUACAGAUAAACAUGAUCAGGGACACCAUCAGAAACCCCACGGUAGCAGACCUAAUAGACAGGAGUAUGGAGGACACUGAGUUCUCCUCUAAAGACAUCCUCAACUUCCUGUACAACGGGCUGGAGGAGGACAGGGAAGAGACCAUGCCCAGCUUCGACUGGAGGAACGUCUUCAACCUCACAGACCAGGCCGUCCGCACGUUCAACCAGUACGGAGAGUGUAUCAGUUUGGAUAAGUUCAAGCCCCAUACAGACGAGGAUCAGCUGACCCACCAGGCUCUCUUUCUAUUGGAGGAGAAUAAGUUCUGGGCAGGGCUAGUCUUCCUGGAUGUCUACCCCUGGACCACUACUGUGCCGCGUCACGUCAAGUACAAGAUACGCAUGGACAUUGACCAAGUGGAGAGAACCAACAAGAUCAAAGACAGGUAUUGGGACCCUGGUCCCAGAGCAGACCCUAUGGAGGAUCUGAGGUAUAUCUGGGGUGGCUUUGCCUAUCUACAGGACAUGGUAGAGCAUGGCAUACUGAAGAUACAGACGGGACACGACUGGCCCCUGGGAGUCUACGUACAACAGAUGCCAUACCCCUGCUAUGUAGACGACCUCUUCAUGUUGACUCUGAACCGGUGUUUCCCUAUCUUCAUGGUGCUAGCGUGGAUCUACUCUGUGUCUAUGACAGUGAAGAGCAUUGUUCUGGAGAAGGAGCUACGCCUCAAAGAGACACUCAAGGCCAUGGGAGUGACCAACGGAGUGAUCUGGUACACCUGGUUUAUAGACAGCUUCAUCAUGAUGACCGCCAGCACAGCCCUGCUCACACUGAUUAUUAUGGCUGGUAAAGUGUUGAACUACUCCAACCCGUUGGUCGUGUUCCUGUUCCUCCUGACGUUCACCAUGGCCACCAUCAUGCAGUGUUUCCUUCUCAGUGUGUUCUUCAACAAGGCCAACCUGGCUGCAGCCUGCAGUGGUAUCAUCUACUUCACCCUCUACCUGCCCCACAUCCUCUGUGUGGCCUGGCAGGACCGCAUCACCAAGAACGCCAAGAUCACAGCGAGUCUGCUGUCCCCAGUAGCGUUUGGGUUUGGGACGGAGUACCUGUCACGUUAUGAGGAGCAGGGCCUGGGUCUGCAGUGGGACAAUAUCGGCACCAGUCCACUAGAGGGCGAUGCCUACUCCUUCUUCACCUCCAUAGGCAUGAUGAUGUUUGACGCCGUGCUCUAUGGCUUCCUGGCAUGGUACCUUGACAACGUCUUCCCAGGUCAGUAUGGGAUUGGACGACCAUUCUACUUCCCAUUCCAGCCCUCCUAUUGGCAAAGGUCUGAACCCGCCCUCUCCAACAUUCCAGACUCAGAGAAGCCCAACGUGGACAAGGACGUAGACAGUAUGUGUUCACCUAGGAGGUGCAAUGGCGUGGGGGUAAAGAAACCCUGCAAACACCAGGACAAGAGAGAGAGGAUGGAGAGAGAGAGGGAGGAGCUGCUGAAACGACAGGAAGAAGAACAGAACAAGGAAGAGCAGGAAGAGGACCUGACAGGUCAGUUGUUCUUUGAGCCGGAGCCAGCAGGGCUGACCGUGGGGGUAGAGAUUCAAGACUUGGUCAAGGUGUUUCCUGGGGGAUCCCGUCCGGCCGUGGAUCACCUCAGCAUCGCCUUCUACGAGGGCCAGAUCACAUCGUUCCUAGGACACAACGGAGCCGGGAAAACCACCACUAUGUCUAUCCUGACGGGUCUGUUCCCUCCUACAUCUGGGACAGCCUUUAUCAACGGGAGAGACAUCAGGACUGACAUGGACAGUAUCCGCACAUCCAUGGGCAUGUGUCCACAGUACAAUAUCCUCUUCAAACAUCUGACGGUGGAGGAACAUAUCCUGUUCUACUCCAUGCUGAAGGGCACCUCUCAGGCUGAGGCCCAGCAGGCGGUCAAGGUCAUGCUGGAGGACCUGGGCCUGCCUCAUAAGAGAGACGAGGAGGCACAGAACCUCUCAGGGGGUAUGCAGAGGAAGCUGUCUGUUGCCAUGGCAUUUGUUGGGGGGUCAAAGAUUGUGAUCCUGGAUGAGCCCACGUCGGGGGUCGACCCUUACUCCAGACGAUCCAUCUGGGACCUGCUACUCAAAUACCGCACAGGCCGUACAGUGAUCCUGUCCACUCACCACAUGGACGAGGCUGACCUGUUGAGUGACCGUGUCGCCAUCAUCUCUAAGGGCCAGCUCCAUUGCUGUGGCUCCCCCCUCUUCCUCAAGAACUGCUUCGGAGUGGGAUUCUACCUCACCCUGGUCCGACGCAUGAAGGACGUGAGGAAAAAAGAGAAUGAGUGUGACUGUGCCUCAGAGUGUUCCUGUACCUGUUCCACCUGCACCAAGGUGAAAGAGGAAUCGCAGGGCCAGUCCCAGCAGCUGGAGAGAGCUCUGGAUGGUGACGUGGACAACAUCACCACGCUGAUCCAUCACCACGUCCCAGAAGCCAAGCUGAUUGAGGCCAUCGGCCAGGAGCUGACCUUCCUGCUGCCCAACAAGGGGUUCAAGCACCGGGCCUACGCCUCGCUCUUCAGAGAACUAGAGGAAACACUGGGAGACAUGGGCCUCAGCAGCUUCGGCAUCUCUGACACCUCACUGGAGGAGAUUUUUCUGAAGGUGACAGCAGAUGGGGAGGCAGCAGCCAAUACCAAAACUCCAGAACAGUGGAUGUUGCUGAAGAGAACCAAAAGCUGCAGUAAAGUUGGUGUGGAGGAUGAAUCUGAAGAGGCUAACGGUCUGAAGCAGGCCAACGGUGGGGGUAACCAUGACGACAGCGCCGGGAAAGGGUCGAGUCAGGUCAAAGGAGCCAAUCUGGUCAUGAAGCAGUUUCUGGCCCUGCUGGUCAAGAGGUUUCACCAUGCUACCAGAUCAUACAAAGACUUCCUCGCACAGAUCGUCCUGCCUGCGAGCUUCGUCCUGAUAGCCCUGAUCUUCACCAUGAUCGUACCUCCGUUUGGAGAGUACCCCCCCCUCAUCCUCACUCCCUGGAUGUAUGGAAAGCAGCUAACUUUCUUCAGUAACGAGCGACUGGAAAACUACCAGAUGAGACAUUUCACCAAGGUGUUGCUGAACCCCCCUGGCCUCGGCACUCGCUGUAUGGCAGGAAGCCCUCUACAAAACCUGCCCUGUGAGAACGAGACAUUGGCCUGGGAGACACCUGCGGUUUCUUCAAUAGCCAAUAACAUCCUGCAGAGCCCUGAGUGGCACCCGCUAAACCCCUCCCCUUCCUGCCAGUGCAGCACCAAUAAGAAGCUGACCAUGUUACCCAUCUGUCCAAUCGGAGCUGGGGGGCUGCCCCCUAUGCAGAGGAAAGAGGCUACGGGAGAUAUACUGCUGGACCUGACUGAUAGAAACAUUACAGACUACCUGGUUAAAACCUACCCCAGCCUCAUCAGACAAAGUUUGAAGAGCAAGUACUGGGUGAAUGAACAAAGGUAUGGAGGCCUGUCUGUUGGAGGUCAGCUGCCCAUACUGGAAGUCAGCCCUAAACAGAUCCAGGAUACCCUCUCUCAACUGAUGAAGAUGCUCAACGUCACUGGGGGUCCCUACACAAAACAAUCGCUGCAGGAGAUUGGACCUUUCCUCAGAUACAUGGAAAGUGAAUACAAUGUCAAAGUCUGGUACAACAACAAAGGCUGGCACGCCAUGGUGGCCUUCAUGAAUGUGGCCAACAACGCCAUUCUGAGGGCCCACCUGCCGCGCAAUGUCGACCCCAUGGAGUACGGCAUCACAGCCAUCAACCACCCCCUCAACCUCACCAAGGAACAGCUGUCUGAAGUCACUGUGUUGAAGACAUCAGUAGAUGCCGUGACAGCUAUCUGUGUGAUCUUUGCCAUGUCCUUCAUCCCAGCCUCGUUUGUCCUCUACCUGAUCCAGGAGAGAGUAACCAAGGCUAAACACCUCCAGUUCGUCAGCGGAGUCAGCCCCCUUGUCUACUGGUUAGCCAACUUCUUCUGGGAUAUGGUGAACUACUCUCUCAGUACAGCCAUGGUGGUGGGGAUCUUUGUGGCCUUCGACAAGAAGUGUUACACCUCACCCACCAACCUGCCAGCCCUCGUUCUCCUGCUCUUCCUGUAUGGGUGGUCAGUAACCCCCAUGAUGUACCCCAUGUCAUACAUCUUUAACAUCCCCAGUACGGCCUACGUCUCUCUGUCCUGCAUCAACCUGUUCAUCGGCAUCAACAGCAGCGCCCUCACCUUCAUAUUGGAACUGUUCGAGAACAACCGGGCCUUGUUAGAGUUCAAUGAGUGGCUGAAGAAAGGCCUCCUGGUCUUCCCUCACUUCUGUCUGGGCCGGGGUCUGAUUGACAUGGCUAUGAACCAGGCGGUGACUGAUGUCUAUGCACACUUUGGUGAGGACCGUGCCAUGGAUCCGUUCAAAUGGGACUUUGUAGGGAAGAACCUGGUCUUCAUGGCUAUAGAGGGAUGUGUCUAUUUCCUCUUCACUAUCCUCAUAGAGUACCGCUUCUUCCUCGACCACUGGUUAUCAGACUUCCGAGCCCCUCCUAAAGAUGAGGACGAGGACGUGGCGGCGGAGAGAGAGAGGAUCUAUAACGGCGGGGACAAGAACGACGUCCUCCAGAUCAGAGACCUCUGCAAGACGUACUCUGGGAAGACGAGACAAGCGGUGGACAGGAUCUGUGUGGGCGUGCCUGCAGGAGAGUGUUUCGGUCUGUUAGGAGUGAACGGAGCCGGGAAAACGACCACCUUUAAGAUGUUGACUGGGGACACAGACGUUAGUUCUGGAGAGGCCACUGUCUCUGGAUACAGUAUCCUGUCGGACAUGUUGGACGUGCACCAGAACAUGGGCUACUGCCCUCAGUUUGACGCUAUAGACGACCUGCUGACAGGCAGGGAACAUCUUUACCUCUACGCUCGUCUCCGAGGGGUCCCCGAGUCAGACAUCAGCAGAGUGGCAGAUUGGGGCAUCCAGAAGCUGGGUCUCUCAGAGUACGCUGGUCGCUGUGCAGGAACAUACAGCGGAGGCAACAAGAGGAAACUCUCCACAGCCAUCGCUAUGAUUGGCUGCCCAGCCCUGGUUCUACUGGAUGAACCCACUACAGGUAUGGACCCCCACUCCCGACGGUUCCUGUGGACUGCCAUUAUGAGUGUCAUCCAGGACGGGAGGGCCGUGGUUUUGACAUCACACAGCAUGGAGGAGUGUGAAGCUCUGUGCACUCGUUUGGCAAUCAUGGUCAACGGCACCUUCAAAUGUCUGGGGACCAUACAGCACCUCAAAUACAAGUUUGGUGAUGGCUAUGUGGUGACCAUGAAGGUAAAGGCAGCUAUAGCAGGCGUAUCUCCAGAGCUGGGUCCAGCAGAGAGCUUCAUGGAGAGCAGUUUCCCAGGGUGUGUCCAGAGAGAGAAACACUACAACACUCUGCAGUAUGAGAUCGCCUCCUCCUCCCUCGCUAGGAUCUUCCAGCUGGUGGUCGCCAACAAGGACAAACUCAAUAUAGAAGAUUACUCUGUAUCACAGACUACACUAGAUCAGGUGUUUGUGAACUUUGCUAAGCAGCAGGCAGGAGAGGACGAGGACGUUUUACAACCCCGAGCGGUCAACGCGCGCAAUGAAAAACAAAAUGUCCCCACGAAACGCAAGGUCUCCCCCAUCAAGAUAAAAACCAGAAGACAAAAUAAGACUUGA